AUGGGCUCUUAUGUCGACCCGCAUAUCCCUCCUGUACCUCAACCGCCAGAUGCGACUCGGACUGAUCCCGUCUCCAAUCUAUACCUACGUCAGUUACAGACCGCUCUUACGUUUGAACCGAAUCCGAAUUGGACACACUUCUAUGCUCACGGGGCCGAGAUCCAAGGUUACUUUCAAGCGUUCGCGCGAAAAUACGACCUCGAGCGCUAUAUCAGGCUCAAUUCCCGUGUUCAGAGCACAGUCUGGGACGAUGAGCUGGGCGUGUGGAAGAUUACCCUUCUAGACACUGUCACUGGAGAGCGUGUGGAGGAUUGGGCGCAUGUUGUUAUCAACGGGACCGGGAUUCUCAACACUUGGACAUGGCCAGAGAUUCUAGGAUUGAAGGACUUCAAGGGCCCUGUGAUGCACUCGGCGCAGUGGAAUCACAAAGUCGAUUUUGCAGGGAAAUCAGUUGGGGUGAUUGGAAAAGGUUCAUCUGCUGUACAGAUCGUGCCCCAGCUUCAGCCAGUUACCAAACAUCUCGACAUCUUUAUGCGUCCUGAAGGCACUUGGAUAUCGCCUCCAUUUGGCUUCGGGACACUCGGCGACGAAUUCAGGAGGGAGGAUAACGACCCUUCUUCGAGACAAUACACGUUUUCCGAGGAGCAGAAGAAAUUCUACGCCGACCACCCAGACGAGCACUUGCGACUCAGAAGGAAGAUUGAAGCGGAGAUAAAUAUAAGUAAGAUGCGUGUUUUCCUUUGCCCUUCUGUUGGACACGUCGGAGUUGACACAAAAGCGCUCAUUCCUACCUGGGCUCCAGGCUGCCGCCGCGUCACUCCGGGAGACGGGUUUUUGGAAGCCCUCGUAAAAGACAAUGUCCAAUGCGUCUUCAGCGGAAUCCAGAAGAUUACCCCAGAAGGAAUCCUCACCGAGGACGGCACCCACCAUAAAUUCGACAUUCUUGUCUGCGCUACAGGCUACAAGCCGGCCUUCGGACCUGCUUGGGAGGUUGUCAAUGGGCGAGGAAAGACGCUCAAAGAGGACUGGGAGCCAUACGGAGGACCCAAUAUCUAUAUGGGACUUUCGUGCCCACGAUUUCCCAACUUUUACACCAUCGUCGGUGCAUGCGCGACAUGGUCCAACGGUACUUUGCUACCUUCGAUCGAGACGAGUAUCGAGUACUCUAUCCAAUGCAUGAACAAGAUCCAGUCCGAAGGUAUCAAGAAAAUGGAAUUGAAACAAGAGGCUCUCGAUGAGCUGUAUCUUCACAUGGAUACCUUCCACAAGGCAACGGUUUUCCAAGAGCCGUGCAGAAGCUGGUUCAAAAGCGGUACAAAGGAUGCAAGAAUCUAUCUUUGGCCUGGUGGAACAUUGCAUUUCCUCAAGACCAUCAAGACUCCGCGGUACGAAGACUACGAUAUCCACUAUCUCAACCAGCGCUGCCGCUUUGCAUUCUUGGGCAGCGGUGAUGUCAAGGCGCAGCAGACGGGGGACAUUAACAAAAUGUCACCGUACAUUCGGAACUCGGAUACGCCGUGGGAGAUUGAAUGA